UCAACCUGACCGAUAGGCGCCAAAGGCGAGUGACGUGUAAGCAGCUGAUUGGCUAUAUCAACAAACGUAAAAAAAAAAAAAUAAUACGAUUAUUUCUCACGUGUGUUGUUACGGCUUUUCUCAUGGCCGGAAAUCCCUGUAUAACACCGCAGUUUAAGCGAUAAUAUGCUAUAUUUUAAUAAACCAUUCGUCUUGGUGGAUUUAAAAUAUCGAACGGAAGUGACCUCAUUAUGAGAAUAUCAUCCAAGGUUCAACUAAGCGGGCCUCAGCAAGACUCGUUACGCCAUCAUAAUGUGUGGAUGAAUUUAGGGAUACAUAUAAACGUAAAAGAGAAAAGAAAAAUCUUGUGAAAAUGAGCCCCACAUUGAACAUGUAUAAAUUCUUCAAACAGUUUGGUUUAACAGAUUCAGCAAAUACCGAAGUUCGGAAAUCACACUUGUACCAAGUCAGUAGCAUAUACAGAGCCUCCAAGGACGACACUGCUCCUCUUACCGUUGAGAUCCAGCACAGUUGUCUAGUAGCGCGUGGACACGAAUGGAAAAUUUGUGUCCAAUGUCGAGCCACAUUAAGUCACCAAGAAAGAAAGACUGCAAACUCGAGCGAUUGGAGAGAAGUCACCGAUGUUAUUCCAGAUGCCAAAGUAGAACAGAAACAUAACGAUAUCGUUGUGACUCUUCCCCAACUAAACAAGGACAUUGAAAUUGCAGCUUUUGGAAUUCCAGGAACAGUAGACCAGAAACGAAUGAAAAUGGCAAUCUUUGGAAAAAAGCCAACCCAAGGAAGGGACUGGAAAUUAAAGGUCUAUCUCAUAGACGACUCGACUACAGCUUUUGAGGUAAGACCGGUUGUUAUUAUAUUUGGUAAAAUCCUCAGACUCGUGCUUGAGGUCUAAAUUUGAGUCUAUCUUUUUUCUGCAACAAACGCACUCCUACAGUGCCUUUUUCUUUCUUGGAAUAUAAAUGGUUAUUGGUUGGCAAUCGCCAGGUAAACCAUGGUUAAACAUUUUCUUUUAAAGGUUGGGGAAAUUCAUUCACCGACAACUCCUUGUUGCAAGGGCUGAUGCCAUGAGACUGCUAAAGGGAUUAUUUUCUUCAUUUUAGAAACAAAAUAAUGUAAUUUAACUUAAUAGUUCUUCCUUUCUAUCAAAUAGAACGUCUGCGACAAAGAGGAGAGUUUAGGAAACAACUUGUUAACAACCCUCGCCGGUUUAUUUGUGUCAAACAGUAACGAAGAAAUCAGAAUUGAAAUCAACCCCAUUGAACCUGGAUGGAAAGUCAAAGGAAACAAAGUUCAGGUAUACACAUUGUUCAUUUUACAACACCAAUUUGUACCUCGACGACCUAAAGUUGAGCUUUACUCCCGAAACACUUGUUGAAAAACGAGGUGAUACAAAUUCUCUUUUCCCUCGAUCUCCGCUUAGACUGAACAUUGCAGAAUACGGAAAGCGUUCACCUUAGCUAAUGCUCUCCCGUGGCACAUUUUGUCCUGACAUUGAUUUUUUUUAUCAUGUUUGAAUUACAGACGAUUACAGCAAAAGAUGCCUGGCACUCGCUUGAAAAUUCUAAAGGUUUUCCUCAUUGCCAAAUCAUUAUCGAACACGUCAACAAAUCGAAGCAAGCAUUCUUUUGUGGAAUAACAGCAUCGCAUGGAAGAGAUCAGGCUAACACAGAACUAGUGGCAUAUUUUGAACAUGUAGGUCUAUGAUAUGGGAAUUUGCAUGCAUUUGUGACGAUGCAGGCGAAGGUUGUUGAAGAGAGAGGCAAAAGGCACGAUAAGUGUUCGAAGCUCGAGCCCUCCGCGAUUAGAAUAAAUAAAGGUUUGCUUUCAGUCAUUUUCUUGUCACUUCGUACGAACACAAGUUACACAAAUCGAUACCACUCCAUAAAAUGUUUAGCUGCAAGAAUGUGAAAAAAAACCCAUAAGCUUCAGUGAAAUGCGUUUCAAAAGAAACAUUUUACCAGGUACAUAACUUAGCAACUUCGAAAAAAUUUUGCUAUGACAGAGGAAAGAUUCCGUCCUAGGCUAAGAUGGCUUAGAUGGCACAUAUGUGAAAUGGAGAUUUUCAAGAAACUUAAAGGCAUUUAUUAAAGUAAGCAUGUUAUUUAUCAUAUUUCUAUCGUACAGGAGAGAAAAAGAGGAGAACUCAACCAACCAUCUAAAGCACUUCAGACACUGAACAACACCACCCGAUAUGCGAGAAAUGGUACGACGCUUUAUUCCUGUUCUUUUCUAUUAGUAAAAAAACAAAAACAACAAUAACAACAAUGAUAACAAUAACAUCGCCAACAGCACUGAGUACAAGGAUAUGAUUAAAAACUAUAUCACUCCAAGAAAUAUUUGCGAGCCAUAUCCUGUUAAGGCGAAAUCUUCACUGACAAUUUGAGUUCUGUCUAAUGAACAAGGCAUUUGGAAAAGUUAUUGAACAGAAGUUGGGUUACAUACUUAGUUAGAUUACCACUUCUUUACUUAUCAAAACCAGGUACUUGGGACGAUUUACGGCUCAGCUAUAGGUUGAAUAAAAUGUUUACUAGCCGCCAAUGUAUUCCUAUGUAUAAUCUUGAAAAUAAUGUGACAGAUAAAACGGAAAAAAAAAGUCUACCAGUUGCAAGUAGGCUAAUAUAUUGCUAGCGCUAAUUAAUUUACAACUUGAAUUACAUUACAGAGAUAAACACCUUAAUCUUCAUGAUUGCUCUUCUGACCCUAGGAUGGAAACACACGCGUUUAAAAGGUAAGAGGUUUGUUAUUCCGUUCUAUGCUAUUCCCCUGACGACAAUGGCAGUGCACCUGCUGACUUAAAACAAAUAAAGCAAGCAGAUAUUAUUUUCUUAUUAUACAACUGGCGAUGGCCGAUGUUUUAUCCAAAACAUGUUUUGUCUUCCUUAAAAAAUAUAGGAAAAUGAACUUCAAAAGUAUCGUGUGGUACAUCAAAGCGAUAAAUAUAUAUAUAUAUAUAUGUUUAUUUUUUUUUGUUCUGUUUUGCUUUGUUUGUUUUGUUUUGUUUUGUUUUGGUUUGGUUUUGUUUGUUUGUUUUUGUCUUGUUUUUGUUUUUGUUGUGGGGACAAUAAGUUUUUUUUUUCAAUUUGUUGUGGGGUUUGGAUAAGAUUAGACCAACGACUGAAGAGUGGUUCCCAACCCGUGUUCAGUUAAGCUCCGUAAGGUUGCCUUUUUGUAAAGUUACCUAAAUUUUGCCAUCAAUUUAUUUUUUGUUUACAGGAUCAGCCCAAUACGCCACUAUUUUUAACGAAGAAAAGCGAACCUUAGUCUGGUCUCAUUGAACACAUCUCCCAGGAUAACUCACUCAUAACAGAAAAAAUGACCGACUAUCGAUUGCCAUGUAAAAAUUUGGGAAACAAACACAAAAUAAAUCCUUUCCACAACUUGCAUUAGUAAAAGUAAUGAGGUGUAUGUUGUAGUUUUCGUUUUAAAAUAAUGUCACUGCUAUUUUUUUUUUAAAUGAGAAAUAUCAUAUGAGUAACUUCUUACCAAUGAGUAGCGCUUGGAAUAACUUAAGAAAAAAUUAUGAUAGAAUUACGUCAUGUUCAGAUACAUAUUGCCACCUUCUCUCGAGUUUUGCAUAGAAAAAGUAAUAUUCUCAGUGAUCAGACUCACUAAGCGAGAAUGGAAUUUUAAACGUAAAACGUGCAGAGGAUUACGUGAAUAAUCAAUGCAUCCCAAUUGACAUUUUGACUUAUAAGCGAGCAUAAUACUUUUUUAUUUAAUUUUGUAUUUAUGAAAAGUGAAAGCGGUGUUUGGGAAGUUUUCCAUUAGUCCAAAAUAAAUAACAGGUCAUCGCCGGUAACAGCAACAAUACACCUUACCAUAUCAUCGUUAGCUUGUACGUGAGGGUUUAGCAAUCUUCUGUGGAUUCAUCACCAAAGAAGAAGAAUGGCAACAUGUGUACGUUGCAUUAUCGUCUGUUCGAAUUCUGUUUCGUGCUUAAAGUUCCGGCACACAUUUCACCAAAUGCUAGGUGACUUACGUACAUAAAGCGAGGGUCAGUUCACCCACAAAGUUCAUCUAAUUCUCAAAGCUGAAGAUAGUACGAGUUAGACAUUACUUAUUCCUGAUUCUGUCGAAUGAAAGACGUCGUCAAACAAUGAAAAUUACCCGACUGACCUUUGAAAGUAGGGGAAUAUUCCGUAAAAAAAUUAUCCGAUAUCUUUAACCACUUCAAGAGAAAUUUACUACCUAUUAGGGAGUCCUCAAAACCCAAAAAGUUAGUUUUUCUCUUUUGGCAUUGUAAGUUUUUGCUUGCUCUAAGCCAGACUAAAACUUAAGUUGACAGAGUAUUAACACUCUCACAAAUAUUUGGUUCGUGCAAACAGAAUUGAAAAUGUCUUAUAGUCGUCUCACAUAAAAGGUAGGAACUUUGAUGAAUUAAUAUAUUGAAGAGCAAUCUAUAUCGUUUUCGGAAUAAUACUUUUUAACGACAUUUAAAAUAUUUAUUUAUAUUCUAAGAUGAAAGAAAUAAUUAUUCCCUGGAAUGGGCUUACAAUCUUUUGUGUAAUGUGCUUUCUUAGAUCCCUCCUAGAAAAUUUCGGAGUAAUUUCAAGCAACUGUUAAAAUAUUUAUUUAUAUUCCAAUAUGUAAUAAAUAAUUAUUCCUUG